UUAUCUCAUUUUUCUUUUCAUUAUUUAUUAUCUUCCAUUUCAACUACAAAAUAAAACACCCAUUUCCCUCCUCACGUUAACUCUUCUAUUAAUUUAUUUCAUCUUUCAUUGUGUUUAACUUAAUCUAAAUUUAGCUUAAUUCCAGUGUAAUCUUCAACAAUGGAUGAUAAUCCACACAAUAAUUUUUCAUUAGGAAUAGAUGAAGAAACAGAACAACAAUACGAACUUCACUCUAACCUACUUCAACAAUUCACCGCAAUCUCUUCUAUCGACAAGGCAUGGAUUUUCAAAUCAGACGCAGAUUCUUCACAGGGAAUGAUGUUUUCUGUGAGUCAACCGAAUCUUCUGGCUAACAAGAAACGAAAGUUCAUUCUAUCUUCUACGGUUACUAAACAGAGCGACGGUUCCGUCAUGUUGCACUGGGCUCCGUUUCCCGUUGAGAUGUCUGGAGUUUCCGCUAUGGUUCCAUCACCUUCUGGUUCAAAGCUUUUGAUUGUUCGAAAUCCUGAGAGUGAUGCUCCUUCUCGGUUUGAAAUUUGGAGCAACUCUUAUCUGGAAAGGGAGUUUCAUAUACCGCAAUCCAAACACGGUUCUGUGUACAUUGAUGAAUGGUUUGAGGGAAUCUCUUGGAACUCAGAUGAAACUCGUAUAGCGUAUGUUGCUGAAGAGCCUUCCCCAACAAAGCCUACAUUCAAUGAUCAUGGCUAUAAGAAAAGUAGUUCUAUUGACAAAGAUUGCGGAAGCUGGAAAGGUCAAGGAGAUUGGGGAGGAACAUAUGCGGGAAAGAGGCAGUCUGCAAUUUUUGUCCUAAACAUCACUAGUGGAGAGGUUCAAGCUGUCAAAGGAAUUCACAAAUCUUUGAGUGUUGGCCAAGUUGUUUGGGCUCCAUCAAAUGAAGGAUUGGCAGAAUAUUUGGUUUUUGUUGGAUGGUCAGUUGAGACAAGAAAGAUCGGUCUUAAGGGCUGCUACAACAGGCCUUGUGCAUUAUAUGCGAUUAAAGCACCAUGCGAACCAAAAACUAAUGAAAGGGAGAUCCACUCAACUGAAGAUGCUCACGCGCUUAACCUAACUCAAACCACAAAUAGUGCUUUCUUUCCACGGUUCAGUCCAGAUGGAAAGUUUCUUGUAUUUUUAUCAUCAAGAAGUUCAGUUGAUUCUGGAGCUCAUUUUGCUACAAAUUCACUUCAUAGAAUUGAUUGGCCUAAGGAUAUGAAACUCUAUCAAUCUUCAAAAGUUCAUGAUGUGAUACCAGUUGCGCUGUGUGCUGAGGAUGGUGACUUUCCCGGGUUUUACCAUUCAAGUAUCCUUAGCGAUCCAUGGCUUUCUGACGGCCACACAUUGAUUAUACCCUCUGUCUGGCAUAGCAGUCAAGUUUUACUUUCUGUCAACGUGUUGAGUGGACAAAUAUUACGGAUCACCCCUGCAGACUCAAAUUUCUCGUGGAGUCUCCUUACGUUGCACGGGAACAAUAUUUUUGCUGUUUCUAGCAGUCCAGUAGAUGUUCCUCAAGUCAAGUAUGGAACCUUUGUUGAGAAGGAAACUGGUAACUAUCAAUGGAGUUGGUCAGAUGCAUCAAAUCCCAUAUAUAAGUGCUCUGACAAGGUAAGAUCUUUGUUGUCCUCUCUUACAUUUAGUGUAAUGAAGAUCUCAGUCAAGGAUGCCUUUGAAAACCAAACUAAAGGUUCUUGUAAACCCUAUGAAGCUAUAUUUGUGUCAUCAAAAACUAAGAAAAGUAACAAAUGUGAUCCACUAAUUGUGGUCCUUCAUGGAGGACCACACUCUGUAUCGAUAUCAAGCUUUUCAAAGUCACAGGCUUUUCUUUCUUCGCUUGGAUAUAGCUUGUUGAUUGUCAACUACAGAGGUUCGAUGGGAUUUGGUGAGGAAGCGUUACAAUCUCUUCCAGGGAAAGUUGGAUCUCAGGAUGUCAAUGAUGUACUCACUGCUAUUGAUCAUGUCAUAGACUUGGGACUUGCCAGUCCAUCAAAGAUUGCGGUGCUUGGAGGUUCACAUGGCGGCUUUCUGACAACCCACUUGAUUGGCCAGGCACCAGAGAAGUUUGUGGCAGCGGCUGCUAAAAAUCCUGUUUGUAACCUUGAGCUGAUGGUUGGUACAACUGAUGUCCCUGAUUGGUGCUUUGUUCAGAGCUAUGGAAUCAAAGGAAGAGAUAGGUUUACCGAAGCACCUUCAGCAAAGGAUCUGGCUCUAUUUUAUAGCAAGUCUCCUAUUGCACACAUCUCUAAGGUUAAAACACCAACAAUUUUUCUCUUAGGUGCACAAGAUCUUCGCGUCCCAAUUUGGAAUGGACUGCAAUAUGCCCGGGGUUUAAAGGAGAAAGGAACACCGGUUAAAGUCAUUGUGUUUCCGAAUGAUGCUCAUGGAAUUGAAAGUCCACAAUCCGACUUUGAAAGCUUCCUUAGCAUUGCUGCAUGGUUCAAUAAGUAUUGCAAAUGAGUUGCAUUUUCAAAUACAAUGAUUCAGUCAUAUGACUUAUGCCAUCAAGAGUUAAGUUGAGAUACUACUCUCACUUUUCGAAAGCAUGAUGAUAGAUGUUGUAAUUUUCUUUGUUUCUUAAUCAAAAGCUGCUAGCUUUUUGGUGAACACCUGUGAUGAAUCCUUCGAAAUAUUGAGUCAUGAACAAGUAUUGUAUACUUUUUUUUAUUGAGAAUGAGAGUGACAAUUUUUAAUAUCCAAA